AACGAAAACAGCAAAACCCUAGCAACAUGAUGCAUCAUCGGUGCUUGCAAGUGUGGCGAAUCUUUGAGCGGCGGCAACCACUGCCGCGGGGUGGACGAGGCCUCCUGAAGCGGUCGUUUGCCAAGAAAGCAAUGCGAGACCCUCAGCCUGUGAAUCUCGACGACGACGACGAUGACCUGGAUGACGACGACGAGGAUUUCGACGAAGACGAGUACGACUUCGACGAUGGCGACGUGGAUUUUGACUUGGAAGACCAGUUGGAAAGCAUGGAGGACUUUGACGAGGCCAUGGGAGAUAACGCCAAUGUAAAGGAAGAGGUCAAGAGGAAGGUGAGCGUCCGUCGCGCCAAGCACUCGAAGCGCAAGUUCGUCGACCGCAUCCGCAUUCGUGUCAAGGGCGGCAUGGGCGGGAAUGGAUGCACCAGUUUCGUGACCGAAGGUCCAGGCCAAAAGCGACCCAACGGCGGUCAUGGCGGUGCCGGCGGCGACGUGAUCAUUCGAGUGGAUCCUCGACUGCAAAACCUGUACAAGCCAACACAUCAUUUCAACGGCGGGGAUGGCUGGAACGGCAUGGCUAACGACCGAGCGGGGCGUCGCGGUGGUGACGUUAUCGUGACGGUGCCACCAGGCACAAUUGUCAAGCAAGUUGACCGAUUUGAGCGAUGGAACGAAGACCUGGACGACUACGAGACUGUGGAUCGGUUGGAAAACUUGGUCGAUUUGGAUCAAUCGAACGCCGAAUUCAUGGCGGCGGUGGGGGGCAAGCCAGGGCUGGGCAGUCGCAUCUUGGCUGGCAAAACGACCAAGUUUGGCGGCCUGCGCAAAGUCAUGCCCGAGGGCAAGAACAUGGGGCUGCUCGGCACGUCCAACUACCUCGAGUUGGAACUCAAAACGAUCGCCGAUGUUGGGUUGGUGGGGUACCCCAACGCUGGCAAGUCGACGCUGCUGCGCGCGCUGUCGAAAGCAACGCCCGAAGUCGCGCCAUACCCGUUUACGACGUUGCAUCCAAAUGUUGGCGUGGUGGAGUUUCCCGAUACGUACCGCUAUAGCGUGGCAGAUCUGCCGGGGCUGAUCGAAGGAGCCCAUCGCAACGUCGGGCUAGGGCAUUCAUUUCUGAGACACAUUGAACGCACCAAAGUGUUGCUGUAUGUACUGGACACUGCAGGCUCGGAAGGGCGAGAUCCGGUGGACGAUUUUCACCACUUGCAGAAUGAACUCGAGUUGUACGCACCCAAUAUUACGUCUCGCCCGUCGCUGAUUGCCGCCAACAAGAUGGACGCGCCAGGGGCCGAUGUGAACAUUGGGCGACUGAAGAAAGUGACUGGGUUGCCGAUCGUGCCGUUGAGUGCGCUGCACAAGGUGGACAUAAAGAUUUUGGCGUCGUCAGUGCGGUGGAUGAUUGAAAACUACAAGUCGAUCGAGGACUAGCGUGUACUUUAACCGAGAUAACGGAUUAUCAAUACUCCUUCCUUACCAC